UUUCCUCGCUUUGUACAGUUUUUCCUCUGAGCUGCGGGUUUGGGCGCACCAUUCUCUCCAAAGUUUAAGGAGCGAUUCUUUUUUUUUAAACGUAAAAAUAAUGUAACUAUGUAGAAGUCUGCAGAGGUCUGACAAAUGGGAAUCAUUAGGGAUCCUUAUCGUCUAGGAUUAUAGCUACGCAAAUCACAGUUUUGGACAUAACGCCUUCUUUGACAAUGGCUUCAUUUGCGCGCUUCUCGAUGAGUAUCAUACGUCCCUUAUUAGUGCUUCUGCUGUGCGCUCGGUCCGGUCUAGCUUUCUCUGUGGCGGGGCACGAGAACACCUGUGAGGCCAACGGUAGCGUGUACUACGUGGGGGAAUGGUACUUUCUAGACUCGGACCACUGCACGCAGUGUGAGUGUACUCCAGAGGGAUCAGCCUGCGCUCGGACGGAGUGCACAUCUCUGCCCGCCGCAUGCAUCCAUGUUAGUCAUUAUCCCACCGACUGCUGCCCAAGGUGCGAGAAGAUAGGUUGCGAGUACCGGGGAGAGGUGUACGACCUGGGGCAAAACUUUCAGCCCUCAGAGUGUGAGCAGUGCUCCUGUGAGAUGGAUGGCAUUGCCCGCUGCCUGGUGGCAGACUGUGCCCCCCCUCCCUGUGUAAACCCCAUCUACGCACCUGGAACAUGCUGCCCAGAGUGCAGGGAGGGUCCAAACUGCUACGUGGACUCCUCCAGGAGCAAGGUGAUCCCGGCCGGCGAGCCCGUCUGGGUCGACUCGUGCACUAAGUGCCGUUGCCAUGACGGGCAGGAUGCUGGCUACUGGGAGGGCAACCGAUUGGCCACCUGCGCCCGCGUCCGGAACUGUGUCCCCGUGGAGACCGGACAGACCAACUGACCCAGGGGUGGGAUCAGUUCCAAACCAACCCGCUUUCCAGGAAACUUUGGACCAGUCCUCUUCUAAAUCAACCUGACUUACACUAGCCUCACCUACUUGUGGAUGACCUGAGGGGAUUUAACAGGUUGAUAAAGUGUAGGGCUAAUACAAAAAUAUCAGUAUCUUGUGUCGCCAUCCGGUUGGUACAGCAGCGUGGACAUGCUGCUGUGUCACCUACGCCUGCUCAAUCCACACAUAUCUCCACAAGUACAUAUAAUUGUUGUGGGUAGCCAGUAGUGAAUAUGAGUAGAUUUGGGACUGGGCAUAAUUCUGCCCCCCGGAGGCCAUCUGCAGAACCAGGAAAGAAAAAGAGGCACUGAUUCUAGAGGUACGAUCUGACAAUUGACCUGAUUCACCUGUUCUUGGCUCUAGUGUAUGUUAGUAGCGUAGGAAUACUAAACAAGGCUAAGUAGCCUUUAUCUGCCAAUACGAACAUAUCUAGUCUAGAUUAGGAGGACCAUCCUAAAAAAAGAGUUUUGGGAUGUUACUGUGUUAGGGUAAAAAUGUGUAUCUCCAUUCAGAUAAUAACAACCACUCAUGACUGUAAUACUAAAUGUAUGGAUAGAGUGUGAGUCAAAGUAGUUUAGUUUAGACAAUGUGUUUUAUGUUGUGGUUAGGUUCAUGAUUUAUGACAUAUUGUAUGUAAGUAGCUGUACACAUGUAUACAUGCACUUCACAUGAACACAGAAAAAAAUCUACUCUUAAAAUGGAAAUGAAAAAGUGCUAAAUACAAUUUAAUACAAGUCAAAUACAGCACCCCAAAAUGUAAACAUGGAUGUUUAAGUCAUGCUUUCACCAUGCCAGUUCAGAAGGGAACAUUGCAUUAAAACCAAAAAUAAGAUCUGUUAGUCUGCAAUCGUUUCAUAUUCCCUGGCCCAGAUUAAGUAUAGAGAAUCUGUGUGUGUGUAAUGUGCAGUCAGUGUAUGGAUCCAUGCAGGCAUGGAUAAACUGCACUACAUGUAUGCAACAGCCCAAGACUUGUCUUCUCAGGACAGGUGCCACCUCUGAAAUUGAUAUCCUAGACAAGGAUUAAGAUUAGGUCCAAAAUUAGUAGUUAUUUUAAAUGGAGACCACUAUUAAGUUGGAAGCACAUUUCAAUAACAAUGGGUGGGAACAGUGGGAAAGGAAUGCCUUUCUUCCGGUUAAAUCCGGGAUUCUUUACUUUUGAAUUCUUUUAAAUUUGAAUAUCGUGUUUAUUUUCACAUAUCUUACUAAAUGGCCCGAAACCACCAUCUCUUCAUGUACAGCAAAUCAUUCAUUAAAGCCUUUUCUGACCAUUAACA